ACAAUCAGCUGUUGUGUCGAAGCCAACUCUGUCAAACGAGCGAAUUUUGGGCAUACCGUGGUGCCGAAACGACUUGAAAGUUUCACAUGUCAAAACCCGGAUAAACGCCGCAGUUUCAACGAUAUAUGCAAGGAAAGCUACACCAUACAUGAACUCGAAACAAUUGGUAUAUGAAACAGCAUCGCUGCGGAUCACGAUUCGGUGAUGAACCCAUACAAGACAGAUACCGGUUCGGAAAACCGUGCGUGUCCGUGCCGGUUCAUUUGCGUGCCGUGGUGGUUAUUGCCGGGGAAAAUUUGAUUCUGUUCCUCCGCCAUCUAGAUAUGAGGUAUCCAAGACCAACCUGUGAACGGAAUUAUGAUUCCGAAUGGAAUAGCCACCUGCUUGACAAUGAUCAUCUUAGAUAUGGCUUCUUCACCAUAUGCAACGAAAGAAGUGGUUAUCGCGCCGUUGCCAUGCCGCCUGGACCAAGCAGAGCAGAUAUUUCCCAGGUCCCGUUGAAAUCGAUGUACCAAGCAGAUGCAGAAUCAAAACCUUUCAUUUCCGGAGCAUCCUCAUCUUUCAGCCGAAAGUGGCUCGAUAUCCAACGAAAUGAUCCCGGUCCUGACACUAAUUUCGAAAAGAACGAUAGAUCGACUCAAAGUCUGGGACCUGACAGUUCUCCUUGGUUUGUGGUAUCUGAGAACGAGACACUUACAACCAGCUUCGUGCCGCGAUGAAAAGUAUUGUUUAUCGAUACAUUACUACACUAUGGAGAGCUGGACAAUUCUUCGAGGAUGGAUUCGUCCAUUACUCGGAUCAAUCACCGUCAAAUAAUGCAAUACCGUUUGCUUUGCCCGAGACUUUCAAUGAGAUCUUUUUAGCCUUCAAGAGAACACCUGAAGACAGAAGCAUCUGGCCAAGGUGACGCUGGCAAAGGCUUGCCAAGAAGUGAUCAACCAAUAUACAA